AUGGCUCCCUCAGCCUCAACAUCCACCGCGCUCAAUGGCGUUGGCACAGCAGACAACAAGUCGCGCCUCCUCCGCUUCACUGGCCAUCGCAACUUCCGCCAACGUCUCAUCCUGUCGCUUGUUUCGCAACGCCCUGUGCGAAUCGACUCGAUCCGUCCUGACUCGUCGAGUCCGGGUAUCCGCGACUUUGAAGCCAACUUCCUGCGCCUGAUCGAAAAGGUGACCAAUGGGUCGCACGUCGAGAUCUCAUACACGGGUACAUCGGUGCUGCUGAAGCCGGGCGUAAUUGCGGGUGGCAAGGUAGUGCACGACUGUUCGCUGACCCGCGGAAUCGGUUAUUGGUUGGAGUGGAUGGUCGUGCUCGCGCCGUUUGCGAAAAAGGAGCUCGCGCUGACGCUGAGGGGUAUCACGAACAUGGAUGGUGAUCUGGGCGUGGACACGAUCCGCACCGUGACUCUGCCGCAUUUGUCGCUGUUUCUGCCGCUGGAUACGCUGAGCACGACAGCGAGCCCGCUGGAGCUGCGAAUCGCCAAACGCGGCUCCGCACCGCUCGGCGGUGGAGAAGUGCACUUCCGCUGCCCCAUCAUCAAGCACCUCACCACGCUCAACUUCACCGCCCCCGGGCGCAUCAAGAAGAUCCGCGGCAUCGCAACAUCCACUCGCGUCAGCCCGCAGAUUGCCAACCGCCUCAUCGACGCCGCCCGCUCGGUGCUGGGCCGCUAUAUUCCGGACCUCUACCUGUUCGCCGACGUCUACCGCGGCGAGGACUCCGGCAAGUCACCCGGUUUUGCUAUCACGCUGCUGGCGACGUCGACGACGGGCGCGAUCUACAGCACGGAGGCUGCGAGCGCGACCGAGAACCCCGGGCUGCCGGAGGAUCUGGCGCUGCGCGCGGCACGGUCGCUGCUCGCCGAAGUCGCUGCCAACGGAUGUGUGGACCGCUGCCACCAGCCACUGGUGCUCCUGCUGAUGGCGUUGAGUCCGUCGGAUGUUGCGAGGUGCACGAUGGCCAGCUUGACGCCCAACGCAGUGCAGCUGAUGCGCGAUGUCAAGGACGCGCUCGGCGUCAGUUUCAAGAUCUCGACUGCCGACAGCUCGGCGGCCAGGGCGGUUGAGGAGCAGCUUGAAGAGGAAGGAGAGGAGCAGGAGCAGGAGCAGGAUGCAACGACACAGGUGCUCAAGGCGAUCGCCAACCCGGAGUUGCUCGCGGUCAGCUGUGUUGGUGUCAACCUGGGCGGGUUCAAGAAGGUUGGAUAG